AUGGCAACUGGGGGUCUUGUCAAGGAGUUCUGUGAUCAAGCUACAUGCCCCGUCUGCCUCGAAUAUUUCAAAAAUCCGGUCACUAUUGACUGUGGGCACAAUUUCUGCCAAGCCUGUCUCACCCAGUGCUGGGAGGAAUCUAACAAAGCUGCUUCCUGCCCUCAGUGCAGAGAAACGGUUCAGAAGAGGAACUUCAAGCCAAACCAACCCCUGGCAAACAUUGUCGAAAUAAUCAAGAAGCACUACGAGGGAGAAAGAGCAGAAGGAAAGCAGAGAAUGUGUGAGAGGCACCAGGAACCUCUGAAGCUCUUCUGCAAGGACGAUGGAGCCCCCAUCUGUGUGGUGUGCGACAGAUCAAAGAGCCACCAAAAUCACAGUGUGCUUCCUGUGGAGGAGGCUUUCGAAGAGUUUAAGGAGAAGAUCCAGGCCCAGGUACUGUCUCUGGAGAAAGAGAGAGAGAAGCUCAAGGAACAGGAAGUAAUUGAAGAGCAGAAAAGCCAAAAGUGCCUGACACAGUUAGAAGUGGAGAAGCAGAAGAUCCUGUCUACCUUUGCAGAAAUGCGCGAGUUUCUUGAGGAAAAGGAACAUCUUCUGCUAACCCAGAUAACAGAUCUAGAGAAAGAGAUCAAGAAAAAGCAGGAAGAAAAUAUCACCAGACUCUGUGAGGAGAUUCCUCGCCUCAGCAUUCUGCUCACAGAGAUGGAAGGGAAGUGCCAGCAGCCACAGAGUCAGUUCCUGCAGAACAUCGGAAGUACUUUGAGCAGCUUGUGGGGGGGGGGCAAAAUGUUUUUUAUCUGUUUGUUAAAUGCAACUAUCUUUACCUCCAGAUUUGAGAAGGAACAAGUGGGAAAUGUCAUGGACCUUUGUCCUUGGUUAGAAGAGGUACCCAGAAUAUACUCACGGAAGAAUUCUUCUUUAGAAAAGGCUAUGGAAAAAUGUAAAGGGUUGCUGGACCAAGUGCUGAACAAAGUGAAUGUGACUCUGGAUCCAGACACAGCAAAUCCCCACCUUAUCCUGUCUGAGGACCUGAAGAGUGUGAGAUGGGAAGGCAAAGAGCAGGACCUGUCCAAGACCCCAGAGAGAUUUGACAAGGAGCGCUGUGUGCUGGGCCGUGAGAGAUUCUCUUCAGGGCGACAUUGGUGGGAAGUGGAAGUAGUAGAGGAGGAAGAGGAAGGAGCUCUAUGGGCAGUAGGGGUCACACGAGAGUCUAUCAAGAGGAAAGGGUAUUUCAGCCUCAAUCCAAAUGAAGGAAUCUGGGCUCUCGCAGCUUUUACAUCCCCUAAGCGGACUCCUUUGGACUUCAGGCCCGAGCCUAGGAAAAUCCUGGUGUCCCUGGACUAUGAAGACGGUUCUGUGAGGUUCUUUGAUGCGGAGACAGACCACUUGAUUUUCACUUUUUCUUCAGCUGUGUUCUCUGGGGAGAAGCUCUGCCCCUAUUUCUGGGUGGGGAAGGGAGUCACGCUGAAAUGUUGAAUAUUGAGUCAAAUCCUGCACCUACAGCCCAACUUCGACACCACCAGGAGAACACCACCAAAAGAGUAGCAGUAAUAGGAGGAGUUGCUGCAGGAGAAGAGACCCUGUGUGUUUUCUUUAAGUGACUUUGCUUUGCUUUUAUGGGGCACCAUCUGCUAGGAUUUGCUCUUUUCAGAUUGCCUACUCCGAAGGGUACCGAAGGUCUUGUAAUUAUGAAAGUUGCUAUGAACUUGAGUCUCAGAAAUACUGGAG